AUGAAACAAAAUCUUGAUGAAGGUGAAAACAAGAGAAGAAAAACUCAAGCACAAAACUCGGAUGUUGAUCUUACUACUCAAGAGGGUGGUGUAGUAGAAAUGGAUGAAGAACAAUCAAGAUCAGAUUCGGUGAUUGUGUCUCAAAAGAGAAAAAACACAAGUCGUAUUGGUAAUCAUUUUAUGCCUAGAACAACUCCUGGAGCUCAACCUUCAUUAAAAAGUGUGUUACAAAGUAAGAAAGUGGUGGACAAGUGUGAUCUAGCUAUUGCAAGAUGGUUUAUUGAUUCUUUUAUGCUAUUCAAUGAAGAUAAUUCUGCAUAUUUUCAAUCUAUGGAUGAUGCACUUUGUAGCAUGGGUCCGGGGUAUAAAGUUCCAACUAUGUAUAGUCUUCGUGGGUAUUUGUUAAAUAAAUGGGUUGAAGACGUGAACAAAUUGAUAGAGGAGUAUUGUGAGAUUUGGAAGAAAACUGGUUGUACUCUAAUGGAUGAUGGAUGGAUUGAUCGAAAAAGAAGAACUCUUAUAAACUUUUUAGUUUAUUGCCCCAAAGUUCACAUAGUGACAGAUAAUGCUGCAAACAAUGUUAGUGCUGGAAGGUUAUUAGAAAAUGAGUUUCCUACUUUAUUUUGGUCUCCUUGUGCAGCACAUUGCAUUAACUUGAUGUUGCAUGACAUGGGAAAAUUAGAGGAAGUAGGUGAGGUCGUGUCGCAUGCUUCUAAUGUUACCAAAUAUAUUUAUAACCAUUGUUAUGCAUUGUAUUUGAUGAGAAAGCAAACAGGUGGAAGAGAAAUCCUUCGUCCUGCUCCAACUCGGUUUUCCACUAACUUCAUUGCUUUGCAAAGUAUUUUAUCUCACAAAAAUUCUCUAAGAGCCAUAGUAACAUCUAAAGAAUGGACAAGCUUGGCAUAUGCCAAAGAAGCAAAGGCAAAACAGUUUGUGGAUCAAGUUUUAGAUUCUGGAUUUUGGAGUAAAUGUGCUGAUAUAGUUAAACUCAUUGAACCACUUGUGCAUGUGUUGCGUAUUGUUGACAAUGAAGAUAAACCUGCCAUGGAAAUUUUAUAUAAAUUCAUAGUCAAAGCUAGAGAGGAGAUGGCGAGGAGGAAAACACGUCAUGGGAGUUAUGAUCCUAUCAAUAUUGAAACAAUUGGUGACCAUUCUAGUUGGGUAUUAGAGGAUUCACCACCUCUCUUAACCAAUAAAGAGUUGGAAGCAUUACGCAUUGACCUUGCAAAUAUGACCAUCCAACCAAUUUCAAGUGAUAUUGAUCAAUUAGAUUUAUAUGAGGAUGAAGAUGGAGAUGUUGGUAAUGCACAAGACAUUAUUGUUGAUAAUGUGAAUCAAGAAAAAACAAUGCCAGAGAAGAUGAAGUUUUCAAAAUUAAAGUCAAAGAAGCCGAAAAUGGAUAUGAAUAUCAAGAUUAUGACAAUUUGA